UAUUUGAAUUCAAUGGGAUUGCGUGUGUUGGAACUAUUCAGCGGCAUCGGUGGCAUGCACUAUGCCUUUAAAUACGCCCAGCUGGAGGGAGAGAUUGUGGCCGCCUUGGAUGUGAAUACAGUGGCCAAUGCUGUUUAUGCGCAUAACUAUGGCAGCACCCAUGUGAAGACGAGAAACAUUCAAAGCCUCAGUGAGAAGGAGAUCAGAAAGUUGGGAGCCAACGUGCUGCUGAUGUCCCCGCCCUGCCAGCCGCACACCCGCCAGGGACUGCAAAGAGACACGGAGGACAAGCGUUCCGACGCACUUACACAUUUGUGCACUCUCAUUCCGCAAUGCGAAAGCCUCCAGUAUGUGCUGAUGGAAAAUGUAAAGGGAUUCGAACGCUCUCAGGCUCGAAAUCACUUCGUUGAAGCGUUGGAAAAGGCUGGAUUCUAUUGGCGGGAGUUUAUACUGACGCCCACACAAUUUAAUGUACCAAAUACUCGUCAUCGCUAUUACUGCAUUGCUCGCAAGACUGAAGACUUUGGAUUUGCUGGAGGUAAAAUCUGGGAUGAAAUGCCCGACAGAAAAGCAGCCGCCGAUCAGUCCGUUUCCCAAAUCUCCGCCAUUCUGGAGGACAAUGUGUCCUGUGAACACCUUGUGCCUGACGAUGUUUUAGCCAAGCGGGUGUUGGUCAUGGACAUAAUACAUCCCACACAAAAUAGAUCCAUGUGCUUUACCAAAGGCUAUACACACUACACCGAAGGCACAGGCUCUGCCUUUACACCGCUCUCUGAGGAGGAGUCCCAUCGAAUAUUUGAACAGGUGAAAGAAAUCGACGAUAAUAAUCGGCCUACCUGUAGUAGCUCUGAGGAUGUGCGGCUGCGGCGUUUGGAUCUACUGCGACAAAUAAAACUACGCUACUUCACGCCCCGGGAAGUGGCACGCCUGAUGAGUUUUCCAGAGGAGUUUGGCUUUCCGCCUGAAACGACAAAUCGACAAAAGUACCGGCUGCUCGGCAACAGCAUUAAUGUUAAAGUUGUUGGUGAAUUGAUUAAACUGUUGACCACAACAAAGCACUAGAAAACAGAAAAGCAGAAUUUUAACAUUAUUUAAACAGGAAAAUAGGGUAUACAAAAUACAGAAAGUAUAU